ACUCCUCAUUUAUCUAUCAUCUUAAAUUUUCUUACUCUACUUAAUCACCUUUUUUCAAUUUCAAUUUCUUUGAAUAUAUCCAUCAAUGUCAACAGGAAAAGAGAGAGAAACUCAAGUUUACCUUGCCAAGCUUGCCGAACAAGCUGAACGCUAUGAAGAAAUGGUUGAAUGCAUGAAGACAGUAGCAAAAUUAGAUGUUGAAUUGACUGUGGAGGAGAGGAACCUCCUUUCGGUGGGUUACAAGAACGUCAUUGGUGCUCGUAGAGCCUCUUGGCGUAUUAUGUCUUCUAUUGAGCAAAAGGAGGAAUCUAAAGGAAAUGAAAACAAUGUCAAGCUCAUCAAGGAUUACCGCCAGAAGGUUGAAGAUGAGCUAACCAAAAUAUGCGAGGACAUCUUAGCUAUUAUAGAUGCACAUCUAGUUCCUCAUUCUGGCAGUGGAGAAGCCACAGUUUUCUACUAUAAGAUGAAAGGUGACUACUUCCGUUAUCUUGCGGAGUUUAAGUCAGACCAAGAAAGGAUGGAAGCUGCUGAUCAGUCACUUAAGGGCUAUGAGGCGGCUUCUACCACAGCAAAUAUAGAUCUUCCUUCUACCCAUCCCAUCCGUCUUGGUCUUGCUUUGAACUUCUCUGUCUUCUACUACGAGAUUAUGAACUCUCCAGAAAGGGCAUGUCAUUUGGCCAAGCAAGCAUUUGAUGAAGCCAUUGCAGAAUUAGACACAUUGAGUGAGGAGUCAUAUAAAGAUAGCACCCUAAUUAUGCAGCUAUUGAGAGACAAUCUCACUUUAUGGACCUCUGAUUUGCCUGAAGAUGGAGGUGAGGAGAAUUUGAAGACGGAUGAACCGAAAGCUACAGAGGCGGAACAUUGAUAUCUUGAUCUUACCACAUCAUUUGGAAGCUAUCAUUAAAGAUUCUUCUUGGAUGCGUUAUUAUGUUCUCGACAAGAAAUUAUUGUACCAAGAAGCUUAAAAUUAUAGUUAUAGGUGGUGAAAUUUAAGUUAUCAUAAGCGAUAUGAGAGUCAAUCAACUACUCCCGCCUACUUUUUUCUAGAUUGUUGUUGUUUGAGCCUUUUUUAUUUAUAUUUUUUCAUAGAAUCUAAACAAAGAAUAAUGUUAUUUCAAUACUAGUUGUUACACCGGGGUUGCUACGUGUGAUGUCUUCCAAGGUAGCAAAAAUUUAUAGGGAAAAAUGUAUGAAUGUUGUAUUAUUAUAAUGUAAUCAUGAGGUUUAUGAUCGAAAUUGUAUUCAAUGAACAAUUUGUGGAUCGACAAUUGUUCUUUCAAGGCUAUUGUAAAUAAAUUACACUACAUAAUUUCAUA